AUGAGUGUGCUACAUCGCAUUUUGCAACUCUGGGCCAUUUUGCAACUCUGGGCCAAAGAUAGUAUCACCUGCGGCAUUCUUAUAGGAUUUACCUUGUUUGAGCAGUUCGAGUUUCGGCCGAUUGAGCUGACAAGUGAUGAGGUUCUGCAUGGAGUCGCUGGACUUGAUGCUUUGGGAGUCGAGAUUCUUGGAAAAGCGGAGUUUGACCGAGUUGCCCUGCGUAGCAAGUUCUUUGCGCAGCAAUCGACCUGGAUCUCAUUGUUUUGUGACAUGAAAUCAUCGAGGAUGCAGAGCGGCAAGGUUUCAAAUAUCAUGCCGGACGAUGUGGCCCAGGAGAAGGUGAAUGCGCUGCAAGCCCUUGGAGCUGAUGUCCAGCGUAUUCGUCCCGCGAGCAUCGUCGAGAAAGAACAGUAUGUGAAUAUCGCUAGGCGAGCAGCCAUCAAAUUUGGAUGGUCAGAUAUAGUGAAAAGCUUGGACGACGCCCAUAUCAGCCACGAGCUUCAAACAGGUUCUCCAUUUGUGGUGGGGACAACUACUUCCUCGCAUAUCCACACAGAAGGCACCGUCGACGACCCGCUGGAUGAGGACCUGCUGAGCAAGCCGAGGGGCUUCUUUGCCGAUAAAUUUGAGAAUCGUAAUAAUUAUGAAGCCCAUCACGACGGGACUGGCCCAGAAAUCUGGCGCCAAACCAAUGGUCACGUCGAUGGGACCGGUGGAACGAUCGCAGGCACUGGGCGAUUUCUCAAAUCGAUGGAUGACGAGGUCCAGGUUGUCCUAGCGGACCCAGAAGGCAGUGGUCUCUAUAACAAGGUCAAGCACGGCGUAAUGCAUCAAGUUGACAUAGUAGUCGAAGGGGUAGGAAUCAACCGCAUGACGAACAAUAUCGACCUUGCACUCCCGAUUAUAGAUGACGCAUUCCGGAUAACUGACGUUGAAGCGGUCGCCAUGUUUCGAUACCUCGUUCAGAAUGAUGGCCUAUUUCUGGUCUCCAGCAGCGUCCGCAAAUUGAUGGCAUGCAUCAAAUUCGCAAAGAAAAAAGGCUGUCGGGAAGGUCAAAUACUUGUCACGAUCCUGUGCGACUCUGGUGAUAGACAUUACUCCAAGUUCUGGAACGAUGGUUACUUGCGUAAAGCUGAUAUCCCGGUCGACCGCAGUCUAAUCGAGGAUCUUAUCGCCCAACCUGGUUCUGGACCUCAAUGA